AUGGAAGGGGACUUGACAAAGACAACCACAAACGGCGGUGGGGGAAAUCAAAAAUUUGCAUUGGACCAAGAUUCAGAUUUAUCGAUACUAGACCUAUUCCAAGACCUCGUCGAGUUGGACCAAUACUCGGUUCAGGAGGACAUUCCAAAUGCACGUCUCAUCUCCAGCUCAGAUUCAGAUACAGACUCAAGAGGUGGUGAAAACAAUACUCUCGCGCGACUACAACAGAAAUACCCGGCGUCGACGAUGAGGGAGAUGAUGAGUCAAACCAAGUUACUUUGCGCCAAAGUUGAGACUGUAUUGAACAGAAUGGAGGGAGCGGAUUUAGACCAGGAAGAAUCCCAUGAUGUGCAAACUGCCGCCGCCCAUGCCGCUAGCGUCAACGCGGAGAAUCACUCGAGGCUGGACUCACCAGAGGCACAACGACAGGCGCCAAUAUCCAGCAGCAACCUCCGUCUCCAGGAGCACCGAAAUGACCAAGAUGUCCGCGCCGUGAUUUCCCAUUCUCACGACAGUAGACACUUGCAAGAUCCCAUGACUCAAGCCAUUGACGCAGUGCUGCGUCCACGAGAACGUACCUGGGUCUACGACAAUAGCAGCGACAACAACAAUGAAAAUGACCACGAUCAAGGCGGUGCUUACAUGAAGGAAAUCUUGGCUCCUUACAACUACCUCCAAAAAAUGGCCAGCAACAACAAGAACAUGCGCAGCAAAUUCAUAAAUGCAUUCAACGAAGUAUAUUGUCGAAUCACCCGACAGGAAGUCUUGGAACUGAUCAACGACGUUGUUUCUCAACUACACAACGCAUCGCUUUUAAUCGACGACAUUGAGGACGACUCCAAGUUCCGACGCGGCGAACCGGCUGCACACACCGAGUUUGGCAUCCCCUUGACGAUCAACUGUGGCAACUACAUCUAUUUUGAAGCGUUGCUGACCUUGCAUCAACUAUGGCGCACUUGCAGUGGCGAUUACGCCGUUUUGGACCGGGUGAUUCGCACAUUUAUCUUUGAAAUGAAGGAUCUACACAAGGGCCAAGGCCAAGAUAUCUUUUGGCGCGACGAGCUUUGCCAAUUGCUGCAGUUGCCCACUUUGAGCGAUUAUUUCCAAAUGGCCAAAAACAAGACUGGAGGCUUGUUUCGAUUAUCUGUGAAAUUGCUCGCUUUGUUUUCACCAAACUGGAGCCAGCUCGAUGUGCCGAGGCUCGAACAGAUUGCCAAUUGCUUGGGGAUCUUGUAUCAAGUGCGAGAUGAUUAUUUGAACCUCGUGGACUCGAGGUAUUGCCAUAUGAAGGGUAUCAAAGGGGAGGACUUGAUUGAAGGCAAGAUUUCCUUGCCUAUUUUAAUUUGCUUACGUGAAGAGCUUGCUCGACUUGAACAGCACCAACUACCCAAAUCUGCAUCGGCAUUGGUUGACUUGUUGUACAACCAUUCAAGUCAAGAUGAAAGACUAAGGAGAAGAGAUCUUCAUAGCAAAGCGUUGAAGUUGCUCACUAGCGACCGCAUUACCGACGAGACGUUUAACGUGCUUGUUAUUCUCCAGCGCAAGAUCCACGAGCUUGCUGCUUCUGCUCCCUUGAACUCGAGACCAUUGACUGAUCUCGUUGACAAACUAUGCGAACAUUGCUUCAACUGUAGACAUUAG